AUGGAGCAGCUAUCGGAACCGAACCUCCGCGACUCAGCUGCUGCGACUAGCUCUUCGUCAUCCGCAAUCGCAGAUGGUGACGCCGUCGGAGGAGGCGGUGGAGAAGCUCUGGCUCGAGGCUUAUCAGCGAUGCUGAAGUCCGUAAUUAACGAUUUCGAUUCUAAAUCCGUUGAUACUCUCAAUAGCCAAGACCAACUCUCCGGUUCGCUCGAUCGCUUAGUCCAAGAGCUUGAUCAAUUGCUGGAGAACGCUCCGUUGCCGUUCGUAGUGCAACACGCAUCGAGAAUCAGCAGCGUGAAACAAAGAGUUUCGUCGCUUAAUCUGGUGCUUAAAUCCAUACAAAGGCGUAUUGAUAACGUUGAUCAGAUGCUCUCUGCCAACACUACGCAAGAGAAAACAGGCUUGGAAGCUACAUGA